UGAGUUUCUGAGAAGCCAGGGGAGGCGGGUGCGAGAAAGGAAGUGACUGGAGAGGAGCCUCUGGCACCACAAACGCCGUCGAUCCCGCCUGUUUUUCCGGUCGCGUAUGAGGUCGAUAUUUAUGUCGAGGCGUAUCCGGAAAAGCUAUCUCAGCCAAGGAAGAAAGCGGUUGCAGGCAGGGGACAGGGGGUGGGAGGGGGAAGCUGAGAGAUGACACCGGAGUCAGGGCUGCUGCUGUUAGCCAAUGUCAGCACUCUGGCUGUGUGCCUGGUGCUCAAGCUGCCGCAAAUAUUCACAGUGGUCGCCGCAAAAAAUGCCCGAGGACUCAGCGUCCGGAGCUUGCUCCUGGAACUGACCGGGUUUCUGGUCUUCCUGACGUACCAGACUUACUAUGAAUACCCACUGGCAACAUACUUGGAGUAUCCAAUCCUAAUUAUACAAGAUGCUAUUCUCUUGAUGUGUGUUCUCUUUUACAAUGGAAACAUUGGGACAGCUUUACCGUACUCAAUACUAUUUAUCCUUGGUUGGCGUCUCAUAACAAUCCAUAAGUUUAUCAUAGAUUUAGCUAUGGCUAGAAAGGUGGACAUUGGAAGAUGGGGAAGUCCUGAAGUGGAAUACAAGUGACGAUGUCAGGCUUCAACCUUAGCAAGAUGGUUUUCACCAAUGGGGAUACCUAGGGAUGUGGAAUGAGAUCAACUAUAGCUGCUUUUAAGGUGUCAGAUUUGGCUCAGUGGUACCACUCUUGCUUCUGAAUCAGAAGGUUGUGGGGUCAAGUUCCCAUCCAGAAAUUUGAGCACGUACUAUAAACUAAAACUUCAGUACAGCACUGAGUGACUGCUAUCUUUUGGAAGAGACGUUAAACCGAGGCCCCGCCUGCCCCCUCAGUUGGACGUGAAAGAUCCCAUGGUACUUUUCAAAGAAGAGCAGGAGGUUCUCUCCGGUGUCCUGACUGAUAUUUAUUCCUGAACCAACAUCAUUUGAAAAAGGUUAUUUGGCCAUUACCUCAUUCCCUUUUGUGGGACCUUAUUGUGCCACAUUCCUACAAUAUUGGCUACUCUUCAAAAGUACUUCAUUGACUGCAGAGUGCUUUUGGACAUCCUGAGGUCAUGAACGAAGUUAUAUAUAAA